CUCGCAUCGCUCUUCCGUCUCCUCAACCGCCCCUCCCUCGAUCUUUCUGCCGAGCUGCUCCAGAUGGGCUCCCCCGCCAGCCGCUCCAACGACCCCUUCCACCCGUCGCGGCACACCCCCCAGUCCUUCUGGGAAAGGAUCCGCUACCAUUUCAACUGGGCCCUCGACGACAUUGUCCGCUACACCUCGCUUGACGACCGCUACAACCAGCCGGUGGUCAUUGUCCUGGGCUGGACCAUCCUGGUGACCCUCGUUGUCCUGGCCGCGGCUCCUUUCGAGGUCUGGUCGCCAUACCCUCGCUUGAGCUCUGAUCUCGAGAUCCUGCGCUCUCGUGUCGACAGCGCCGGCCUGGCUGUCGCCGUUGCCCGGAACGGCCAGAUCGAGUUUGCCCAGGGCCUCGGUGUCAAGAAUGCCAAGGGCGAUCCGGUCGACGCCGAAACAGCCUUCUACAUUGGCUCGACCACCAAGGCCUUCACAUCCUUCCUUGCAGCCCUGCAGGUCUCGAACGGCAACCUGUCGUGGACCGAGCCCGUCCACCACUACGCCCCGCACAUCAGCUUCUCAGACCCGUUCCUGACCGAGCGCGCAACACUGCUCGAUCUUCUUUCUCAUCGCACGGGCCUCCCGCGCUAUGACAUCUUCAACCAGGUUGCCCGCAACACCGACGAACUGCUGGCUGUGGUGCCUCACCUGAAGCUCAAGGCGGACUUCCGCACCGAUUACAUCUACAACAACAUCAUGUUCGCCCUGUCCGGCACCAUUGCUGCCAAGGCCGCGGGUCACGACAGCUGGAAGAGCUACGCCGACUCGCUGCUGGCAACCCUUGAGCUGAACAAUACCCGCACCAGCCCCAGCGAGUUUGAUGCCCUGCCAAACCGCGCCGACCCCUACAUUUCCAACGGAACCUAUUUCCCCGAGACUGCCAACGACGAACUUGCCACGGCCGGUGGCGCGGGGGCGAUCUCGUCGAAUGUUCUUGAUCUGUCCCGGUGGGCCCAGUUCCUGCUGGGUGGGGCUCGCCUCGCCAACGGCUCGACCCUGGUCAAGCCCAAGGAUCUGGAGAUCUUGUUUACUCCCCGCAACAUCGUCCCUGUCGAUGCAGGCAGCCCAUUGACUAGUUAUGCUCUUGGCUGGCAAAUCUCUACCUACCGAGGCACUCCUGUGUGGUCCCACUAUGGACAAGCCUAUGGCUUCACCACGGCCGUGUGCCUCUAUCCCGCCCACAACACCUCGGUUGUGGUCCUCUCGAAUCAGCUGCAGCGCUCCGUCGUCGUCGUGUGCCCCAUGGCCGCAGACCGCGUGCUCUUUGGUGAGAAGCAUCUCAGGCCCUCCCGACACAUCGACCAGGCUGUUGCCGCCCAAACUGCCGAGCGUGUUGCUCUGGAGAAGGAAAUCGAGGAGCGAUACAGCAAACGCGCCAGCGGCACCACUCCCACACUGCCGCUCAAGGAAUACGUGGGCAAGUACCAGAGCGAGCUCGGCACGAUCGAGAUUGCCAAGAGCAAGACUGCCGAUGGCAAGCAGAGCCUUCGAAUGGUCUUUGGCAACUUCAAGGCCGAACUGGCUCACUGGCAGUACGACGAGUAUAUUCUCCAAGGCGACCUCAAGCUCGGCGAGCUGGCUGACGGCCUGGUCGUUCUCAAGUUUGCAGUGGACUCCGAUAAGGUGACUGCUGCCAGCUUCCUGGUCGAGCCCACCAUGGAUUUCGUCGCUUUCGAGCGCGUCUGAGCAGGCAGGGGCCAUGAGCCUUUGCGACCAGGUGUGACUGCGCCGCCGCUGUCUGUGGAUUUGCCGCGAUACAGCCGGUCUAGAUCGGGUCGGCGAGUAACCCGAGCGAAAGCCGAGCGAGCUGAAAUAGAGCCGUUUACAGACUCA